AUGGGCAUUGGGAUUGUUGUGAGAGACCACAGUGGCUUCGUGAUUGCAGCCCAAGGGAAGAGAACAACGGGGCUUCCAGAACCAGUGCAUGCGGAGGCUAUGGGAGCCUUGGUUGCAGCGGAACUAAGUCGGGAUUUGGGGUUGCCGGAUGUCAUCAUGGAAGGGGACUCACUCCAAGUGGUCCAAUCCUUGCGGAAUAUGAGCCCAAAUUGGAGUCCCUAUGGGAAAAUUAUCAAGGACGCGAGAGGCAUUUUGUACACGAGGCGGAGCUGGAUGGUUAGUCAUGUUAAGAGAGAAGCUAAUUCGGCGGCCCAUCACUUAGCAAAGAAUGCAUUUACAAUGUCUCUAGAUAGGGUAUGGAUGGAGGAAUGCCCUCAAUGUAUUGUUUCCAUUGUUUCUUUAGAGCAUAUUGCUCUUGAUGUUUAG